UGCUGACACGCGUGUGCGUGUGUGAACCGCGCGUGUGCGUGUGCAGCUCCGGCUCCCCGGGCUGGCGGGCAGGAGGGACCCCCCUUCUCCAUCCUCCCCGGAUCCGGCCCCAUCCCACUCCCACCCCCCUCCCCGCUUAUUUUUCCUGUUGUUCAGCGGGGCUGGGGCGGGGGCCGGGCAGGAUCCGGCCCCUUUUCCAGCGGGGAUUUGGAGGGGGAGAAUUUUUCCCGGUUUUCUUCCCGGUGUUUUUUUUCCUGCUACCGAGAGAGGACGGGCACAAGGCAUGGCAUGAGCUGCGGGAGACGGCGCUGGAGAGAGACCUGUGGAAGAUGUCGAACCCGAGAAACGGCGACACCAAGCCCCCAUGUUUGCCCCGCAAUGGACUGGUGAAGAUCCCCACGCAACCCAACGGCCUCGGCUCCGCCAGCAUCACCAAAGGCACCCCCGCUGUCAAAAACCGCCUGUGCCAGCCUUCCUCCGUGCCUGCCAUCCUCAGCCCAGCCUUAGCGCACCGCAGCGACCUGCCCAUCCCCAGUCUGGCCUCCCCACUCUCCUUGGCCACUCUGGCAGGCGUCUCCUCCCCUCCCGGCGCUUCCUUGGUGGGACUGAAUACGAGCGAAGGCUCGGAGCAGCCCUCUCCAGAGCGGCUGCCUGGCUCGCCCUCGGAGAGGCAGCUGGCGGUGGACGAGAAGAUCCUCAACCGCUUGUUCUGGUACUUUUCGGCGUGCGAGAAGUGCGUGCUGGCUCAGGUGUGCAAGGCAUGGCGGCGGGUGCUCUACCAGCCCAAGUUCUGGGUGGGCUUGACACCUGUCCUGCACACCAAAGAGCUCUACAAUGUCCUGCCUGGUGGGGAGAAGGAAUUUGUCAGCCUGCAGGGCUUUGCCGUCCGCGGCUUCGAAGGCUUCUGCCUCGUGGGUGUCUCUGACCUGGACAUUUGUGAGUUCAUUGACAACUACCCCCUCUCCAAGAAGGGGGUCAAGUCCAUGAGCCUUAAGAGGUCGACCAUCACGGAUGCAGGGUUGGAGGUGAUGUUGGAGCAGAUGCAAGGUGUGGUGCGGCUGGAGCUGUCAGGAUGCAACGACUUCACGGAGGCCGGGCUGUGGUCCAGCCUCAACGCCCGCAUCACAGCGCUGAGCGUCAGCGACUGCAUUAACGUGGCCGACGACGCCAUUGCCGCCAUCUCGCAGCUCCUGCCCAACCUCACCGAGCUCAACCUGCAAGCCUACCACGUCACGGACACGGCGCUCGCCUACUUCACCGCCAAGCAAGGCUACACCACCCACACCCUGCGCCUCAACUCCUGCUGGGAGAUCACCAACCACGGCGUGGUCAACAUGGUCCACAGCCUGCCCAACCUGAGCGUCCUCAGCCUCUCGGGCUGCUCCAAGGUGACCGAUGAUGGCGUGGAACUGGUGGCUGAGAACCUGCGGAAGCUGCGCAGCCUCGACCUCUCUUGGUGCCCUCGUAUCACUGACAUGGCCCUGGAAUACAUCGCCUGUGACCUGCACAAGCUGGAGGAGCUGGUGCUCGACAGGUGCGUGCGGAUCACCGACACCGGCCUCAGCUACCUGUCCACCAUGUCGUCCCUACGGAGCCUCUACCUGCGCUGGUGCUGCCAGGUGCAGGAUUUUGGCCUGAAGCAUCUUCUGAGCAUGGGCAGCCUGCGCCUCCUCUCUCUGGCUGGCUGCCCCUUGCUGACCACCACAGGGCUGUCAGGGCUGGUGCAGCUGCAGGAGCUGGAGGAGCUGGAGCUGACCAACUGCCCGGGUGCCACCCCAGAGCUCUUCAAGUACUUCUCCCAGCACCUCCCGUGCUGCAUGGUGAUCGAGUAGUGCUGGCCCCGGCCGCCCCGCUCCCGCUGCCACUCCAUCUGACAUCACCCAUCCCCUUUUCUUUCCAUCUGUUCGGGGAUGCAAAAGACACUGUUGAAUACAACCGAUCCCGGACAUCCCCUGCAUUGACACCCCGAGGGGCACGUGGCUCUGCGGGGACAUGAGGACAGUGUCACCCCUUGCCAGAGCCCCCCCGGGCACCCUGUAAAUUCCCCACACACUGCCAACAUCGCCCGUCCUUCACCCAGUGUCCUGCCAAUCCCUUCUGGACAGACAAAUGGACAUCAUGGAAACCCGAAAUGGGAAGGCAACAGUGGUGUUACCCCCUCUGGCUGCAUCCUGCUCCCCCUCUGCCCAAGGGCCAAAUGGGUGCAUGGCCCUGCCGCCAAGGAUGCUCCUGGGGACCAAAGGAUGCUCC